AUGAGUGCAACGCCCAACGAAAGGGAGAAGGUAAUUAUUGAACAAAAGUUGGCUGUGGAGUCCAUUAGAUCCUUUUUGAAGUCAAAAACGUCGUACGAUGUUCUGCCAGUUUCUUACCGGUUAAUUGUGUUAGAUACUUCAUUGCUGGUCAAGAAAUCUUUGAAUGUGCUUUUGCAGAAUAAUAUUGUUUCUGCUCCUUUGUGGGAUGCCAAGACUUCGAGGUUCGCUGGACUUUUGACUUCGAGUGACUUUAUCAAUGUUAUUCAAUACUACUUUUCUAAUCCAGAUAAGUUUGAAUUAGUGGAUAAAUUGCAAUUGGAUGGAUUGAAGGAUAUAGAGAGGGCUAUUGGUGUGGAACCAUUGGAUACAGCUUCGAUUCAUCCCUCUAGACCUCUGUAUGAGGCCUGUAUACGUAUGAUGGAUGCAACUAGUCGAAGGAUUCCUUUGAUUGAUCAGGAUGAGGAAACUCAUAGGGAAAUCGUUGUGAGCGUGCUUACGCAGUAUAGGAUCCUGACAUUUGUGGCGUUGAAUUGUAGAGAAACCCAUUUCCUGAAGAGACCAAUUGGUGAGUUGAAUAUAAUUACUAAGAAGAACGUUGCCAGCUGUCAGAUGACUACGCCUGUGAUCGAUGUGAUUCAGCUUUUGAGUCAGGGAAAUGUUGCUUCGAUACCGAUUGUGGAUAACGAAGGGUACCUGGUGAACGUUUACGAAGCGGUUGAUGUCCUGGGGCUGAUCAAGGGUGGCAUAUAUAACGAUCUUUCGCUUUCUGUUGGAGAGGCUCUCAUGAGAAGAAGUGAUGACUUCGAAGGGGUGUACACUUGUACCGAGAGGGAUAAGCUAUCCACCAUCAUGGACAAUAUCAGAAAAUCCAGAGUGCACAGAUUCUUUGUUACGGACGACGCUGGUAAAGUCGUAGGUGUGCUUACUUUAAGCGACAUCCUAAGGUACAUCCUACUCGGCGAAAAUUGA